GGUACUGUAGAAAAUUUUAAACAAUUUCAUAAUAAACAAUAUUACCUACAUUAGUCUUUAGAGGUACUUAAACUUUACGUAGACCCCUACCGUUCGGUAGGUCCAGUAAUGUUUCGCGGUGAUAAUUCCCAUUCUUUAAGUUAUGAACAACAAGCAAAGUUUAUACAAGAUAGAAUAACAACAGUAGAAAAGAACUUUGGAGAAUUAUGUGUUGCUUUCGGCGAUUACACCCGGAAAACUGCCCGCUUACGUGACAUGGGUGAUGAACUAACCAAAGUAUUAAAAGACUAUUCAAAUAACGAAAUAGUCAAUAAAUCUCUGAGUGCAGGCCUAGAGAAUUUAUCUAUAACUCUUACUGCUAUUGAAGAGUAUCGAAACUGCGAGGUUCAACGAUUGGAAGCAAAGGUUGUUGGAGAGCUGUGUCAAUAUGAAACGAUUUGCAAACAUGCUCGAGAGGAGCUCAAACACACGAUGAACGUCAGGGAAAAGGAAUUGGCAAGGAAGAAAGUACUUGACAAGGCCAGGGAGAGACAGCCAUUCAACAGACAGCAAGUCACGUACGCGGAAUCGGAAUUAUUAAAGGCAUCAGCAGAGAUGUCUCGCACAGCUAAAGGCCUCAGCGAGCAGACAGAAUUCUUCGAGCGACGCAAACUGCAGCAGUUGAAGACUCUUCUGUCAGACUUUGUCAUGAUUGAGCUAAAGUUUCACGCAAAGGCAGUGGAGUUACUUACUGUUGCGCAUCAACAGAUAGGCGAUAUAAACGAAAAGGCUGAUCUAGAGCGGCUCAAUACAGGUCUGUCGGAUUAUGAGGAUCAGGCGAAUUUCAGAAGGAAGUUGCGGUCUCCAGAGAAACAAGUGAACACAGGCAUAUCUGCUCGGUCAUCGUCUUUGGCGUCGCUGAUGAAUCAGCACUCACCCUCACGAGAAGACGAUGACACAAUGAGUUUACGAAGAGUAAAGUCACCAGAGAACAUUAAUUCUGCUGUUGGGAGGUCCAGCUCCUUGGCUACUCUAAUGAACCAUUCGUCAUCUAAAGAAGAGGAUGAGACCACGGAAUCUGAAGAAUCUGGAGACCAUGACACUUCCGAGGAGACUGAAUCACGUUGAUGAAAAUGCAUGUUGCUUAGUUUAGCUAAUAAUAAAACAUGCGUAGGUAUUAAUUUUCAUGUAAAACCUAAUGUUUAAUGUAACACACCUAUGAUUUUAAUAAAUAAAAUAAGGAUUAUUCAAAUUUUGUAUUUUAUUACACAGUUACAACAAAUAAGUUGAUAUGAGCACAAAGGACAGUGAUUUGUGUAUUUAAAUACUUCACAUCUUAACUAGUUUAAUGUAUUAUGUAUCGUCAUCCAGUCGGUCAGCAUGCUAUUGCUACUGGCAGCGAAAAGUUUGGCAAUCAUUAUUUUAUUUGGUACAAAAUUACUUGCUUGCCACCUAAAGGCACUUAUGUGUUGAGGAAAUUCAAUAAUUUUGAAUUAAAUACAUGGGCUUCAUAAACUAUACAAUGACAAAACAAACAAAAUACUUUAGCCA